CUUUUAAUGCAUGGUUGGAAAUAGUAAUAACCGAGCAACUAAAUUUGACCUUCAUGACACCUUUGGUUUGAGAGCGGAUGAGCACUAAUUCCUGCUACUACAAAAUUCUAGGACUGGAGAGAAAUGCUACGGAGGAAGAUAUUCGGCGGGCUUAUCGUCAACUGGCACUGAAAUGGCACCCAGAUAAGAACUUAGGGGAUUCCGGUGAAGCUGAAAAACGGUUUAAAGAAAUCAGUGCUGCUUACGAAGUGCUUUCAGAUGCCGAGAAACGUGCAAUCUAUGAUCGAUACGGGAGAGAGGGCCUUAAAGGAACUCGAAUGCACCCAAGAAGUCAGUCCCGUGGUGCUCAGAUUCGCAGAAGGAGAACGAUGGGAUCAGGCACUGGCCUUCACAGUGGUUUGUUCGAUGAUGGCGACUUUUUCUUCCCAUUCCAUGAAUUUGGCUUUGCUUUCCGUGAUCCCGAAGUAGUUUUCAGGGAAUUUUUUGCGAAACAUGUCAACAUGAUGAAUGCUUUCGCCGAAUCAACGCAAUUGUUGCGGACUCAGAGUAACACGAGCCCUAAACGUUCGGUGGAACAGGAAAAACAGGUUUCCAGCAACCCAAAGCGAACAUCGCAUCCGAUUCGCACGGGAGUGGGACAUUCGUUCACAUACAAGGUAUCUCCGCAUAGUGGUCAUUCAACCACUGUCAUAACGUUUGGGUCCAGUAAUCGGCCCGGAACCCAAAUCAAAGGCACGUUCCGAUCAACAUCCAGUCGAUUUGAGAACGGUAAAUGUGUCACGACGAGGCGCACUGUUCAAGAUGGUGUAGAAACUAUUGAGGUGGAAGAGAAUGGCGUGCUGAAGACCAAAACAGUCAACGGCCAUCCGGUAGCUAUUACAAGCAGUUGA